UACUCCAACUCCCCUCGCGGCAUGCGAUACUGGUCAGCUGCUACUAUCCAGCGGUUCUCUGAUCAUCUUCGGGGCAAGUUUCCCUUAACCUGUAAGCACAUCCAGCCUCUGGAGUCAUACUAUGGAUUGUACACGUACUUCGACGCCUACGACAUCUACACCUGGGGCGCGAUGAACUUGUGGAAUGUGAUCCACCAUUUGCAUUUCGAGAACUCGUACUACUACUACUUGAAUGAUGAUGAGGCUACCCGUGAAGGGGAGAUGGCAGCCCAGCUUCUGGAGCCCAUUAACACACCUGCUUCUGCCAACCCGGAGUAUUCGGCGGCUGCGGUGACGACGAACGAAGAAAGUAUGCGAGCUGUCUCUGCUUCGGCUGGAGGUUCAUAGGAUGAACUUCCUGCAACUGAAGCAAGAACUACUCAGGUGGUAAAUGGCAUUGUGAUUGCCAAUGGCACAAAUUGGGUUGGCCAGCCUGGUC